GAAUUCUCAGAGUUGAACCUAGCCGCCUAUGUUACUGGGGGCUGUAUGGUGGACAUGCAGGUCGUGAGAAACGGAACUAAGGUUGUGAGGUCCUUCAAGCCGGACUUUAUCCUGGUGCGCCAGCAUGCCUACAGCAUGGCCCUAGCCGAAGACUACCGCAGCCUGGUCAUCGGCCUCCAAUAUGGAGGGCUGCCUGCUGUCAAUUCUCUUUACUCUGUCUACAACUUCUGCAGCAAGCCCUGGGUGUUCUCUCAGCUAAUUAAGAUCUUCCAUUCUCUGGGUCCUGAGAAGUUCCCGCUUGUGGAGCAAACGUUCUUCCCCAACCAUAAACCAAUGCUCACGGCCCCACACUUCCCCGUGGUGAUCAAGCUGGGACAUGCCCACGCUGGAAUGGGAAAGAUUAAAGUGGAAAACCAGCAUGACUACCAGGACAUCACCAGCGUGAUAGCCAUGGCCAAAACCUACGCCACCACUGAGGCCUUCAUCGACUCCAAGUACGACAUCCGCAUCCAGAAAAUUGGCUCCAACUACAAGGCUUACAUGAGAACCUCAAUCUCUGGAAACUGGAAGGCCAACACAGGCUCUGCCAUGCUGGAGCAGGUGGCCAUGACAGAGAGGUACAGGCUUUGGGUGGACAGCUGCUCGGAAAUGUUCGGUGGCCUGGACAUCUGCGCUGUCAAAGCUGUCCACAGCAAGGAUGGCAGGGAUUACAUCAUCGAGGUGAUGGACAGCUCCAUGCCCCUGAUUGGAGAGCAUGUGGAAGAGGACAGACAGCUGAUGGCCGACCUGGUGGUUUCCAAAAUGAGCCAACUCCUGAUGCCAGGGGGCACAGUGCCCUCACCCCUGAGACCUUGGGGUCCACCGAUGAAGCCAGCAAAAUCUCCAGGACAAGGUCAGCUGGGGCCUCAGCUUGGACAGCCCCAGCCGCGCCCACCCACACAAGGAGGCCCUCGUCAAGCUCAGUCUUCUCAGCCCCCAAGGUCUGGGAGCCCCUCCCAACAGAGGCUUUCCCCCCAAGGCCAGCAGCCUCUGAGCCCGCAGUCUGGCUCUCCACAGCAGCAGAGGUCACCAGGUUCCCCACAGCUGUCCCGGGCAUCUGGUGGCAGCUCACCAAACCAGGCCUCCAAACCAGGCCUCACUUCUCAGCCACGGCCCCCUGUUCAAGGCCGCAGCAAUUCCCAACAGGGUGAAGAGUCCCAGAAGUCAGCACCACCCCACCCCCAUCUCAACAAAUCCCAGUCCCUGACCAACAGCCUCAGCACAUCUGACACGUCUCAGCGUGGGACCCCAAGCGAAGACGAGGCCAAGGCUGAAACCAUCCGCAACCUGAGAAAGUCCUUCGCCAGCCUGUUCUCUGACUAACCCCAUCCAGGCUGGUCAGAGGGGGCAUGUGCCGUUACCCUCUCCCCACUCCUGCCUCGUUUCCUUCUCAGCCAUGGCUCCCGGUGGGAACAGAAUGGAGGGCCUAAGAAUGUACUUUCUAAAUGCCUUUGACCCAAGAUUUGAUUAGCUCUAUGUUUUCUCAUUUUCCCUUACCACAUUCCAAUGUUGUCAGCCUGAGGAGUGGGCCUUUGAGAGCCUCCACGUUCUUCAAAACGGGGCUUAAAGACAGGCCUCACACCCCUCUGCCCACCCA